AUGAAGAAGACUCCAGAGGAGAUAGUCACUAUUCUAGAUGAGUUAUCUGAAUAUGACAAUCAGUGGCCCUCAGAGAUUGCUAAAAGAAGAAGAUCAACUGGUGUUCACCAGGUUGAUACUAACACAUCUGUACAGCAACAAAACAACCCCAGAUUUCAGGGACAAGGAGCUUCAGGCUUCCAAAAUCAGCAGAGGCAGCAGUUUCAGCCUCAACAGCAAAAUCAACCUGUUUUAGAAGAUCUAAUAAAAGCUUUCACUGUCAAGAAAGAUGAGGGGCUAGAUGCUCAUGGGGUGGGAAUUCUCAAUAUAGAGAAGCAAGUGGGACAAAUAGCAACAAUCUUAUCUGAGAGAAUCCCAGGGCAAGUGUUGAAAGAACCCACUCCAGUCCAAAAAGAGGUGACACCUGAAAAAAGUGGGGAGCAGCUGAAAAUUGAAGAUGAUAAGAAAAAGAAAGACAAAAAGGGAGCUGACAAAAAGAAGAAAGAGGAAGCUUCAAGAAGGGAGGAAUCUGAUGAUGUGAGAAAGCACAUGCCUCCUCUACCUUUCCCCCAAAAGCUCUAUAGAGAAAAGCUGGACAAGCAAUUCGAGAGAUUUUUAUACAUGCUGAGAAAGGUUAAUGUAAACCUGCCAUUCACUGAAGUUCUCUCACAAAUGCCAGCAUAUGCAAAGUUUUUGAAGGAGAUCCUUACAAAGAAGAUAAAGAUAGAAGAGACCUCAGUGGUCAAACUCACAGAGCAUUGCAGUGCAAUAUUGCAAAAUAAACACCCACAAAAGAAACUGGAGAAGGAGAUUGGAGAGAUAAGGUCGGUGCCUAUAUCUUUGCAGCUGGCCGAUCAAACAACCAUAACACCUGAGGGGAUAGUAGAAGAUGUGUUGGUGUGGGUGGAUAAGUUUGUAUUUCCUGUAGAUUUCAUAGUGGUGAAUAUGGAGGAGAACAAGGAGGUCCCCCUAAUUUUAGGAAGACCAUUCUUAGCAACGGGUAGAGCAAUAUUAGAUAUACAUGAUAGAAAACUCAUGCUGAGAGUGGGUGAUGAGACCGUAACUUUCGAGAUGAAUGUAGAAACGGGGGUGAAAUGGGAGAAGCGAGCUUCAAGUGUUGAGUGGAAAGUGAAGAGCCCAAAAGAGAAGGCCCCGGUGAUUGAGAAAGACAAGUGUGGGGUGUACCCCAAGAAGGCUGAGAAGAAGUUGUUCGCAUGGAUGUGUGCACUAGUUCGGGCACGUGGAAUGGAGCCCGACUUUGAUUCAGACCCCGAUUAG